AUGGUACGCUUUGAACCAUAUCAUCCUCGAUGGACGUGUCAUCACAUCAUCGUCGGAGGCCGGAGAGCUUUUAGCUACGAGUUCUUUCCCAAGAACUCAAUGACAGGGACAAACAUGGACGUUUAUCAGCUUUCAUUCUUGAGGGAAACGAUAGACCCAAAAGAAGAUAACAAUCUUUAUCCGUUCUUGCACAUCUUGCCAGACGGGGGAGAAGAGGAAUUAUCCAGCGACUGGUUAGUCGGUGUUGCUUCCGAUCAAUCACCGGAGGUGAUGAUAUGUGGUGGUGCACAUAGUGAGUCCUACAUCAAGGCUGAGGAGGGUUUAUACGUGGAAACUUCUAAGACAUGUGGAAGGUUGAAACCCACGGAUCCUGAACCUCAAUGGUCCAUGGAAGAAAUGCCCAUGGGCCGGGUCAUGCUUGGCAUGCUAUCGUUACCCAAUAGUGACAUUGUCAUCCUUAAUGGUGCAUCAAAAGGGGCAGCCGGGUGGGAACAUGCUAUUGACCCGGUACUGAACCCGGUUCUUUACAAGCCCAACGAACCUGUGCAGGUAAAAAGAUUUGCAGUGCUCAACCCUACCACAAUUCCUAGGAUGUACCAUUCAGCUGCCACUUUGUUGCCAGAUGGCAGAAUAUUAGUGGGUGAAAGCAAUCCACAUGUGCAAUACAAUUUCACUGGAGUAAAAGACCCAUCUGAGUUGAGUCUGGAAGCGUUUUUACCCCAUUUCUUGGGCCCACAGUAUUCCCAUCUACGCCCCUCGACCUUAUUAGUCGAAGGGUCCACAAGUGAUUGUGUAUCCAACGGUCAGAAAUUCUCAAUCACUUUUGCUUUGGGUUUGAUCGGUGGAGAUCGCGGCUUCACCGUAACAAUGGUUGCGCCAUCGUUUACAACCCACUCGGUUGCAAUGAUUCAGAGGCUGCUGGUGUUGGAUAUUGUUGAGGUACAAUAG